AAAAAAAACUCUCUGUAAACCACAAACAAACCUAAUAAUAUUCACGUACGUACUUCACUUCGCUUAACCACAACUUUCGAAACUAAUGGCUCCACCUGCAGCUGCUAGAAACUCAACUAACCAAACCACAACCGGGAUAGUCAAGGCGAAACCCGUGCCUAGACGUGCCUAUGUCACGUUCUUGGCUGGAAACGGAGACUAUUGGAAAGGCGUUGUUGCUCUUGCCAAGGGCCUCCGUAAGGCCAAGUCCGUGUACCCACUUGUUGUGGCCAUGCUUCCUGAUGUCCCUAUGGACCAUCGCCAAAAAUUGAUCUCCCAAGGCUGCAUCCUCAAGGAGAUCGAACCCUUGUACCCACCCGAAAACCAGACCCAAUUUGCUAUGGCAUACUAUGUUAUUAACUACUCCAAGCUCCGUAUAUGGGAGUUUGUGGAGUAUAGCAAGAUGAUAUAUUUGGAUGGAGACAUACAAGUUUUCGACAACAUUGACCAUCUGUUUGACUUGCCAGAUGGCCACUUCUACGCUGUGAUGGACUGUUUCUGCGAGCGAAACUGGAGAAACAGUCCACAAUACCAAAUCGGGUACUGUCAGCAGACACCCGACAAGGUCCAGUGGCCGGAAGAGAAGUUGGGCCCAAAACCUGCACUUUACUUCAACGCGGGAAUGUUCGUGUACGAGCCUAAUCUCUCGACUUACCAUGACCUCCUAGAGUCGGUAAAAACAACUCCUCCCACACUUUUCGCUGAACAAGACUUCUUGAACAUGUUCUUCAAGGACAUCUACAAGCCCAUCCCAACCGAGUACAACUUGAUCUUGGCAAUGCUAUGGCGCCACCCCGAGAACUUUGACCUUGAAAAAGUCAAGGUCGUGCACUAUUGUGCCGAUGGGUCAAAGCCGUGGAGGUACACGGGAGAAGAAGUGAAUAUGGACCGUGAAGACAUCAAGAUGUUGGUGAACAAGUGGUGGGACAUCUACAACGACGAGUCAUUGGAUUACUGGAGGAUAUGCGGGCAUUCCAUGGUUACCGGACACUUGUCCACAGUCGAUAAACCGACGACAGCCAUAACUAAGAGGGGCAAUCGAUAUGUUACUGCCCCGUCUGCUGCUUAGUCUUUAAAGAUGUUCUUUUUAUAUGUUAUAGUUUUAAUUUCUUGUUUGUAUGUUAAUGUUUCUCAAACCCACCAAGGGUGUUUGAGGUUUGAGGAAAUUACGAGUACGUAAUUAAAAAGAUAGUAGUAUAUAUUUAGCGGGGUGGGAUUUAUUAUUUAGUUUAAUUAUGAUGUGAUUUUUUGAUUUUUGGUUUGGGCUUGUAAGUAUUUUACUGGGAUUUCCAGCAUAUUAUUAAUGGAAAAUUCCUGUUUAUAUA